CCCCACUCCGUUUACCAGUAAACGGGACCGGGUCGGGAGAAUCGAAACCUAAAAAGCCAGCAGAGGGGCUGCGGACCGCCGACGCCAGUCCGGCCAGGAGAGGCCAGCUUCACGUCGGCGUGUGUGUGUGUGUCGUUUCCUCGCCCGUGAAGAGUUGAGCCGGGACACUUUGUCGGUCAACAGACUCGCCGAGCAACAAGUUUAAGAGGAGAGGAAACACGCGCGGGGGGGGGCGCGGCGGGGGGGAGAGAGAGAGAAGGUGCGUGACGUCACGGCCUCCGCUAUGAUGGGACAAACCUGGAACGAAGAGCAGAGUUUAAUCGUUGCAGAGGAAAUGGCAGUCCAGCCUAGCUCGUCCGUGGUGAUGGUGCAGCCGACGGUGUAUAAAUUCCCCGGGGAAGUGAAGACCGGGAUGUGGUCCAGCGGUCUCUGCGACUGCUGUGACGACAUGGGCAUCUGUUGCUGUGGUCUCUGGUGCCCAUGCUGCUUGCCUUGCGAGGUUAGCUCAGACUUUGGGGAGUGCCUGUGUAUGCCUCUGGUCAACUAUUUGCCUCUGGGCUUAUCAGGCUUGAUUCCUGUCGCUACUCUGGCCUUCAGGAGCUCUAUGAGGGAGCGGUAUCACAUACAGGGCUCUAUGUGCGACGACUGCUGCACCGUGACUUUCUGCUCCACCUGCGCUUGGUGCCAGAUGUCCCGGGAAAUAAAGACGCGUCGGCGCCAGCUCUCCAACAUCGCCGCCACCAGCGUCAUAACAGAAGUCAACGUGAACCCGCCACCGUACGCGCCCCAGUUCGCUCCCGCCGCCCAGUACCCUCCCUCCGCCCAGUGUCCCCCGCCCGUUGGAAGUUACACUCCUCUGUUGUAGCUCGAGGCACAAGCGACGCCAGCGUGCCGUAUUGCCAAAUAGUGGUCAAGCAGUCACGCACAGGCUGCCGGCGGAAGUUUAACCGAGAAUGCUGUAGCGGUUGUGUGCACCUCUCGUGUAUUCCUGUGCACAACCUUUAAGUGCCUUAUUCAAAGUUCAAAUGCAGCUUUUAGUGCUCGUUACAAAUCAGUUACCACACGCCUACCCUGCCAGCUCGGCACGCCUAUCUACUCUGCGAGAGGGGCUGCUCCUCUCACGCUCUUCCAGAGAGUUCUUGCAUAUUUUUUUCCCGCCAUGUUUUUUUUCUAUGGAGUUUUUCCUCGAUCCGAGUUUUUCCCUCGGAUCGGGGGCGGGAGGUGUAUCGUUUAUUCUUUUUACCACUUUUUGGAGAAUGUUCGUUGAAUUUAAUGCCGUUGUUAAUCACUCCGUGCCUUAAGUGUAAUUUAGGGCCAUACCAAAAAAAAAACAAAAAAAAAUGUUGAUCAAAAGAAUUAAAUAAAGGAUAUUUCGUUCUUUA